UUAAGCUUAACUCUAUCUUAUUGUGAAGCCAAUUCCUUCCUACUUUGGAGUGAGAAAGUCAGUCAUGUUUUGGAAGGUUAUACAGUUAAUGGUGUGAUUAUCACGACGAAUAGUAUUGACGGCACUCCAGAAGCCAUCAAAUAAGCAAUCAGAGCUGCUUUUAGGUUGGAAACGAACGCAACAUUUGUUGUGUAGGAUUAUGACCAGAUUAUCCUAAGUAUUGACCGUGAAAUGCCUAGUGGCAAUAUUUAUCUAAUUAUAAUUGCAGGAAUGGCCAUUAAAUUAUGUCUCUAUGACGAGUCUGAGCACCUUCCUGUGCAUACUGAAGAUAAGGUAUUUUACACUGAAAAUGAUUACCGUGAUUUUCUGACCCGGCGGGGUUGGGUAUGUCUAAGAGAAUUUGACGGAUAUAGAAAUAUUGACAAUUUGGAUGAUCUUCGGAAACCUGGUGCUAAAUAUCGUGGUGUGAGUUGAAACUUGAAAGUAGAUGGUAUGAUCAAAUUAUCUGGAGAACUAUGGUGGGUCUGUUCAGGUUUUUGAUAUAUGUGCGACACUAACCUGAAAUUGUAUUAGUUUUACAUUUGAUAACGCUGUUUAUAGUUUUUUGAUAGGUAAAUUAACUAGCCCUUCUGCACAAAAAUCCGUUUCAAUCAAUGCCGUUUACAUGUCUGUAAAUAUGCAUUUGCAGUGACAACAUAUUAUUAUUAUUGUCUAGAUUUUUUAAUGGAUCAUUUUCGUCAAAUAUUGCUA